ACCUUGCCAGCCUCAAGCCCCCAACCACCCAAGAUGAAUUUCGCUGCCCUCCUCGCCGCCACCGCUGCUCUAGUCGGAUCGGUCUCCGCCACGGCUUGCACCACCACCCAACAGACCGCCGCCUACGUCGCGCUCGUGAGCAUCCUCUCGGAGACGUCCUUCACGACGUGCGCCAGCGACUCGGGCUACUCCAUGCUGACGGCGACUGCGUUGCCAACUACCGCUCAGUAUGAACUCAUGUGCGCGUCGACAGCAUGCCAGGAGAUGAUCGAGACUAUCAUUUCGCUGAACCCACCAGACUGCGAUCUGACGGUUCCCACGAGCGGCCUGGUGAUCAACGUGUACGAGUACGCCAACAGCUUUGCGUCAACGUGUUCGUCGCUUUCGUCGUCGUCGUAAGCACUGAGAUCGGAGUGAUAUUUGUAUGACGGACUUCUGCAUUGCUGGACGAGAUUGGUCGGAGUUCACAGAGCUUGAUCAUCUGUAGUUUGUUCAGACCGAAGCCUCGGAGGCUUCUUACCAAGUGCCUCUCUCGCCCGCUUGACCGUGUGUGAGGGCGAGAUGUGUGAACGUUCGUUAACCAGUAAUGAACGGAUUUCAUGUUUUCAGCAACAGUGUGUUAAAAUGUUGCGAUUGGGU